CAGGCCGCGGGCUGGGAAAGUGUCGCGCGGCCCUUGCAGACACGGUGUCGCGCGCUCCUGGCUGGGCUCUACCGCGGUACUUAGGUACUAAGCAAAGAUGGGGUUUGCCGAGGACAAGGUUUACGAAUACAUACGGCAAAAUAUGUCCGACUUCCAAGGCAUCCGAGUGCUGGAACUGCUUCGUUAUCUGCCGUGUCUCACUGAUGCAGACAGGGAAAAGAUCCAAGCCGAGGCCGACAGGCAAGGCAACGAGUCCGGCAUGUGGCAGAUCUUCUUCCACCUGAAAUGCAGGAGCUGCUGGGUGAAGGAGUUCAUUGAGGCGCUCCGGAAGAACAAGCACGAGGAUCUUGCAGACAGAGUUCAUAGCGAGUACAGAGCUCACCAAGUCCGUCCCAGGAACAACGCGCCGCUUCCUGCGGUGAAUAACUCUCUGCCCAGCCACUCCUCACCACCCAUUGUGAAUCCCAAUUCCUGGCAUGCUGGCUCCACUUCUGAGAACAAUGCCCACACCUCUCCAUCACCCAGGCAGCCAUCAAGUCUCCCAGAGCUUCAUCAGUCAAGUCCCUCCGGAGUGGAAGGCUACAAAGGGCUGGCGGCCCGUGCUGUUCCGGUGACAAGCAUGGAGCAGUUGGCAAGGCAAAAGGUUACAGAAGAUGCCCUGACCCUGAGGCCGGAAGCUCCACGUCGCCAGCCCACUGGGAAUGCAGCACUAGCUGAUCUCAGGACUUCCCAGGAAGGCAGUAACCAUGGAGAUGGCCAGGCCUGUUUGUCUCCUGGGUCCCCGGGGAGCGACCAGCUGGCCCGUGAGGGGUCGCUCAGAGGAGUAGUGGUAGGGGCUGAGCCAGGUAUGCCCGUUUCCGACCCAAUCGGACAGGGGCAGGACUGGGCGAGCCGCCAGCAGCACCCAGUCUGUGUGAGUGGUGGGUACUUUGGGAACAUGAACCACCUGAAUGUUGGGAGCAGCAGAAAGGCCUCCGUGCCUGGAGAGCCUGUUCAGAGAGGGGAGUCGGCUGCCACGCCGAGGCCAGAGGAUUUCAGGAACCAGCCGGAAGAGGUUUACUAUUCUUCUUUUGAGCGCUCCCCCGUGGCUUCCAGUGCCAACAGAGCUGUCCAUGGAGAGGGGCAGGAGGCUGCAGAUUCGCUCCGGCAACAGAAGAUUCAGGCGUUGCAGGGUUAUGAGCAUGGGAACCUGCUGAGUCCCGUGGUGGAUGUUGGUGACCCUUUCCUCCUGCAGAUCCAGUUUGACAUAGAGCAGAAACAGGCCCAGAGGCAGAGAGAGCAGGGUGGAGAGAGGGAAGCGUUUCCCCUCCCCCAGAUCAGAGAUUCUGCCCAGAGCACGCGCAGUUACGGGGAGGGGGGAGCCCUCAAAGGCAGGGCUGGUUUCAGCCCUGAUGUUGGACCAGCGCCUGCUGCUCAGAUGCCAAGCACCAUCCCCCCGGAUCUCAGCGAAGAUUCGUCGGCUCGUGAAACGGGAGCAUUACGUCUCGGCACAACUCGCUCGGCCAGCUCCUCUGCAAAACUGGCUUCCGGCUCUUCUGCUGGAGCUUCCCAGGGGACCCCUGAACAGAACCCAGGCAGCGGCAGCAAUUCCCACCGGGGUAGGGAGUCAGCUGGGUGCCUGGCAGAGAGCCCAGAAGGUGCCAGUGGCCCAGCAAACAGCAGGGAGCCUCGAAGCAAAGUCCAGAUCCCGGCGCCUGCAGCUGACGUGCUACGCCCGGCUUCGACGCCUGGGCCCAGCAACGUUCUUCCAAUCAGUUCCUCCCCCCACGCCAGGUCUGCGGAGGAAUUCUCAGAGCAUAGCAGCUUCUCUUCCACUGCUGUGAUUCCGCCCAGUUCGCCUGUAUUGCCCCCUGACCUAUCCGAGCCAGCGUUCAGCAGCGACCCGGGGAAGCUGAAAUCUCCCGUCCAAGAGAGUGAACAGCCAGCGGGAGGCACGGACAGCCGCACCGCCGUGCCAAAGGAGAACGCAAAUCGAACGCCCACGCCCCCUGCUCCAAGUGUGACCCGACCCAAUCCGGAGCUCCCUGGGAGCACAAGGCGGGAGACCCGCAAUGCCUUGCCCGGCUCCCCACGGGGCUGCCAGGUGUUCUGCGAGCCGGCUGAGGAGGUGGAGUUCAGCAAGCCGGGCGUGCUACUGUCUACCAGGGAUGAGGAGGCGCCCGCUGCGAGGCAGCCAGACGCAGCGGAGACAAAUGAACAAUAUUCUGGCAGGUCCGAUCGCUUCUGCUUCAGCUCUCUGGGUAACAAUCCCCUCCUGAUAAGCAAAUCCAGCACAGCCAGCGCCCGUCAAGCACGGAGCAACCAGCCUGAGGAGAAUCACUACUCCUCUCGCUCUGACCCCUUCCUCCCAGCUUGGGCUGCUCGCAAUGGCCCGGGAAGUGAUGGGGCUACCAAAACCUGCCGGGCCUCCCUUUCCCCAGAGAGCUGCAGCAGUUCCUGGAACAGCACCACUGUGAAAACUCACGAAGUCCACGUGGAAGAGAAUCCUGGCGUGGAUCUGGGGGAGGCCGCCGGCCUGCAUGAUGGAGACGGGGCCUAUGAGAACCCAUCUUCAGCCAGCUCUGGCUCCCACGGGAAGCUCUCCAGAUACCAGGAAGGCAAUCGCAACAACCCACCAGCCGCUCCGGGACUUUCCCCUCAGAAGAUUAACAAGCCCAGCCCAGGCGGGGGCGGGGCAGCCUUUCCCUGGAAGGACUACGCUCUGCCAGCUGCCAUUGCUGCCUUUGCCUGUGUCGUGGCUUUCCUGUUCUAUAAGCAUCUGCGGAAUUAGGCGGCGAGCCCGGCGAGGAGACUGCAGCGCCCUGCUCCUUCCAGCCACGCCCCGUCCCCCAGGCUUCCUGCUCAGCCCUGGGAAUUUGAACUGGCACAUCUGAGGCUGAGUCUGGAGAGUGGACUCCCAGAUGCCCUCCUCGGUCUUUUCCCUGCAGAAAGGAGGCCUGACCCCUUUGUGCUCUUCUCCAGCCUGGUCCAUCGCCUGUUGCCUUCCCAUCUACUUGCCUUUUCUGGCCGCAUCCCUGCUCCCCUCCCCCCUCUCGCUGGUGGACCUUAGACAGUGACAUUCACUUCCACAGACACUCGUUAUCCACGCCGGUCUGCGGGCCGGUGCAAUGGAAAGGUUACCUCAGAGACAUUUGGUGGCAUUCUACAAGAGGGGAUUCCUACUGCCUGCUCAGAGAACGAGCUUCACGUCCUUGCAGAAUCUGAGGUGUAUGAGCAUCAAGAAAAUGCACCUGGCUUCUGCUGCUAGGUUUUCUCCAACUUUAAAAUGCUGAUGCUUGGAAAGGGACUGAGCACUAGCUUCCGUGCAGGUACUUGACCAGGAAUUCUCCCUUGAACCCAGAGGUGGCCCGCUGAAGACUCUUCUGGCUUUUUCCUCCAUCCAUGCCUCGGGAUUGGGUCUGUGCUCACUCUCCCCUUCCUUCUUGCCGUGUGUUUGGGUCCCACAAUUCAGGAUCCUCUGGGCUCAUCAGUUAACCUUCACGAUGACGAGCAAGGCACCCCAACCCUCACUGCCUUUGUAUCAGAGCGGGGGGGGAGUAGGCGGGAGCUAGCACAGUGCAGGGAGAGGCAGAUGGGGCUGCAGGAGCUGGUGCUUAUGGGGAGCUGGCUUAAAAGCACCAGCUCCCACCUGCCCCCCCUCCCCCGGCACUGCUGCCUCUGUAUCAGAGGCAGCAGCGCGGGAGGAGGGGGAAGAGGAGGUGGCUCCACAGGAGCCAGUAAGCCAACUCUCUGGGCAUGCCAGCUCCCAUGGAGCCACCUCCCCCCUGCAUGUAAA